UUUCUCAACAUUGAAACAAUACUCUCACUCUCACUCUCAGUGCCUCAACUCCUCUCAUUUCUCGCUUCUCAACUCCACUAUCCACGGUCCAUCACCAUCCACACCACCCGUCGGCUUCCGCUAACUGUUCUAUUUUGGGCACAAAAGUAAUAAUGAAGAGUAAAAAAAUUGAUUCUUUUUUCAAGAGGAAAGAAAGAGAUGACGAAAAUUUGACAUCUAUUUCUGAACCUCGAAGAGUUCUUGAGAAUCCAAGAAUUGAAGAAAAUGCUAACAGAGUUUGUUCGGAUGACAUUGAGAAUUCUUUAGAACGUGAUCCUGGAAAACGUGCUCCAAUGUGGAAAUACCCAUUAAAUCAAAUGGAUGAAGUACGAAGAGCUUAUUUGAAAUGGGGUCCAUAUCAAAUGCAUUUAGAGCAAUAUCCAUUGUCUGGUAACUAAGAUCAUCAAAGAAGAUUUCAAUACACUUGGUUUAGCCUUUUUCCUUCAUGGUUAGAAUAUUCACCUUUAGAAGAUGCUGUUUAUUGUUUACCAUGUUAUCUUUUUAGCAAAAGACCAAGUGGACGUCCAGGUUCAGAUGUCUUUAUUUCUUGUUUUGAGAUUUGUUGAUAAAGAAGGUUUUAUACAAGAGAGAUUUUUUGGCCUUGCACGUGUUAAUGACACAACAUCUUUAACUCUUAAGCAAAAGGUAUAUGACAUACUUUCUCUACACAACCUUGAUGUCUCUAACAUUCGUGGUCAAAGGUAUGAUGGUGCUAGCAAUAUAAGAGGAGAAUGGAAUGGUUUACAAGCACUAUUUAUGAAGGAUUGUCCUUUUGAAUAUUAUGUUCAUUGUUUUGCUCAUCGAUUGCAACUUGCUUUAGUUACUGCAUCAAGGGAAGUUAAACCAAUUCAUCAAUUCUUUGAUAAACUAACUCUUAUUGUGAAUGUUGUUUUUUCUUCUACAAAGCGACAUGAUGAGUUACAAGCUUCCCAAUUAGAUGAAAUUGAACAUUUGUUAGAGAUUGGUGAAAUUGUAACAGGUAAAGGUGAAAAUCAAAUUGGUACUUUGAGACGGGCUGGAGAUACUCGUUGGGGAUCACACUUAUCUUCUAUUAGUAGCUUGAUAGCAAUGUAUGAAGCAACAUGUACUGUUUCAAAAAAAUUUGCAAAGGAAGGAUUAAGCUAUGCUUCACAUGGAGAUGCUGAUAGUGCUUACAAUUACUUGAAAUCAUUUGAUUUUAUAUUCAUAUUGCAUCUGAUGAAAGAAAUUAUAGGUGUCACAAAUAUGCUUUGCCAAGCCUUACAACAACAAUCUCAGGAUGUAGUUAAUGUUAUGAAUUUGGUUUGUGCAAUAAAAACUCUUAUUCAAGAAUUGAAAGAAGAUGGUUGGGAUAAAUUGUUUAGUUAUGUGAAGUCUUUUUGUGAAAAACAUGAUAUUGAGAUUCCUGAGCUUGAUGAUGUUCACUCAACAACAAGAUUUGGGCGCUCUCGUCUUGAAGAGAACAAGGUAACCAUUGAGCAUUACUUUAGAGUUGAAAUAUUUUUCACUACGAUUGAUAAACAAUUACAAGAGUUGAAUAGUAGAUUUAGUGAGCAAGCGAUUGGUUUGUGAACUCUAAGUUGUGCUUUGUCUCCGAAGGAUAAUUACAAGGCUUUUAACUUUGAUAAUAUUUGCACUCUAGUUGAAAAAUAUUAUCCUAUGGACUUCAAUGAGCAAGAGGGGAUUAAUUUGCAAUUUCAACUUCGACAUUUUAUUAUUGACGCUCGCCAAGCAUCGAGUUUGAAUAAUUUAUCGACUAUUCAAGACUUAUGUUCAUCUUUGGUUGCAACGGGAAAGAAUGAAAUUUAUUAAUUAAUUGAUAGACUGCUUCGCCUUUUCAUGACUCUACCGGUAUCUACAGCCACUACUGAAAGAUCUUUCUCGGCAAUGAAAAUUAUCAAGACAAGAUUGAGAAGCAAAAUGGAAGCUGAUUUUCUAGGAGAUAGCAUGACGGUUAACAUUGAAAGAGAAAUUGCUGCAUAUAUUGAUUCUGAGACUAUUAUUGAUGAUUUCAAGCUACUAAAAAACCG